CUUCUUCACUCACUCACGAGCCCUUUCUUCUACAUUCUUCCCAACCAGAGAAAUGGAGCUCAAUCCAUCUGCUCUUCAACCCCAAACCCUCAAUACCUCCGAAGAGCAGCAGCAGGAGGUAACGAUAUCGCCCUCAAAAUCCUCUCCGCCGGUUGCUUCUCUCUCGCUUGCCCUCUCCACCAACCUCCUCCUCUCGAGGCCAUCUCCAUCGCCGGCGGCGGCAGCGGCGGGGAAACCAUUCGCGGCCUUACCCUCCCGCCUCAAGAUCCCGACCCAGAUCUCCUCCCUUACCCGCCUCUCUUUCUCUGCUUCUAAUAUCUCUACCCCAACCCGUCCUUCCAAUCUCUCCUCCUCAACCCCCGCCCUACUGUCAUCUCCUUUGCCUUUCCUCCGCCGCCGCCCAUCGGAUUCCUCAGGCGGUGCUGCCGCUCGUCGAUGCACCCUCCUCUGGUUCCGCUGCGACCUUCGUGUACGCGACAAUGAAGCGCUUACUGUAGCUAGCAACGAUUCUCUGUCCAUUCUUCCUGUUUAUCUGUUCGACCCUCGCGACUACGGGAAAUCCUCUUCAGGAUUUGAUAAGACUGGUCCCUAUCGCGCCACAUUUAUAAUUCAGUCCGUCGCUGAUCUCCGUCGCUCCCUCCGCGCGCGUGGAUCUGAUCUUGUUGUGCGGAUUGGCCGGCCGGAGACCGUGCUCGUUGAGCUGGCACGAUCUGUUGGCGCUGAUGCGGUUUAUAUGCACCGAGAGGUGUCGCAUGACGAGGCGAGGACGGAGGAGAGGGUGGAGAAAGCGAUGGAGAGCGACGGAGUUGAGGUGAAGUACUUUUGGGGGAGUACGUUGUAUCACAUUGAUGAUUUGCCUUUCGAGCUGGAGCAAAUGCCGUCGAACUAUGGUGGGUUCAGGGAAAGGGUGCAGGCUUUGAAUGUGAGGAAAACUAUAGAGGCAUUGGAUCAGAUAAAGGGGCUCCCAUCGAGAGGGGAUGUUGAGCCUGGGGAGAUUCCGACGCUGACGGAUUUGGGGCUUAAUCCUGUGCCUCCUCUGACUCAGGAUGGAAAGCCAGCAGUUAACAGUUCUCUUGCGGGCGGUGAGACUGAAGCUUUGGGGAGACUUACAAAGUUUGCAGCUGAAUGCCGUGCUCAGCCAAACAAUGGUUACAAGAAUAGUGCUCAGGAAAGCAUCUAUGGUGCUAAUUUCUCUUGCAAAAUCUCUCCUUGGUUGGCAAUGGGAUGCAUUUCUCCUCGUUUCAUGUAUGAGGAGCUGAAGAAAACUGCAAAUAGGACAAUUUCAAGAAAAACUCAGAAGAAUGUUGAUGCUUCAGGAGACGGUGGAAUGAAUUGGUUGAUGUUUGAAUUGCUCUGGCGGGAUUUUUUCAGGUUCAUAACAAAGAAGUACAGCACUAAACGAAAGGUUGGUGCUGAGCCAGUGACUGCAUGUACCGGUACCCUUUCUUGAUCCUCUCUUUUAACCAUGAUUUAUGAACCAAUAUAUGCAUGAAUCAUGAAAUGAUAAAUGUGUAGCUAAAUUUUGUUAUUGUAUAAUCAUACAAAUUGAUCAAUUUUGAUUUCUGAUCCUUAUUUAUUGUAUCUCUUAAUAUACUUUCCCAUCAUCCCAUUUUGCAUCAUUAUGCCUUUGUGC